AGCAAUGCCUCCAAAGAAGGUGAAGAAAAACAAUCAGCAGUCAAGUGGCGAACAGGAUGGUCAGCUGAGUACAGAGCAGCGAGACCAAAAGAGGAAGCUGUUCAUGCAACAGUUUGAGAAAGAAGCCCAGGAGCGGAUCCGUGAGAUGGAGGCAAAGAUGGAGCAGACACUGGCCACUCUAGAGCGAGUGUUCAGGGUGGAGCUGAUGAAGAUUCCCCCUGCUAUCCGAAAUACCCUGAUAAAGGACUUACUUAAGGAGGAUGAUGUUCCAGUUGGGGAGGUCACCAUUGCCAUGAAGGCUGAAUCUCCAGAGAUUCCCUUGACAAGGAAACUGAGUAGGAAAGCCCGCUCGAGCCAGGUGGGGGCAUCAGUUCCAAGGCUGCAAAGGACACUGUCGGCGAAUGGCAAAAAGCCCAUGAGGGAGGCAUCCAAGAGUAUCCCCAAGACCAGAUCGCUUAUAAGCACGUCAAACGCAGUAAAAACUCUCAGGGUGGCCUCAACCACCAAGAGAACACAAACGCAUGUUGCCAAAGUCAACAAGCAGAUGACUGCAUCUGCCAGCCAGGCCGGAAGCACUAGCUCCGCUGGACUGCGGUCGCUGGAUGCAGAUGGGAUGAAUACCUCCCCUUUAAUGGCGACAGCCACCGUAUCAACAUCUCGUGGAGAGACUCUCUUCCUGACCGAUGACCUGAAGGACCACAUCGAUGUGACUAUGCUGGAUGAUGCAGCGAUUCUACAGAUAGAGCAGCUCCGGAAACUGAUGGACUACUUGUGCAAGAAGGUCAGACAAAAUCAAUGACUACUGGCCACACAGCUAGUCAUGCUUUUGUAUUUAUUGUAACAAAUUCUAAUAAAGAGAUUUUAAGUA